CAGAAACUGUUUUGUUGUUUACAGAUUUUACCGGAGCUGCCCAAUCGUGAAGCAUUACUGACAUUUAUCCAGUCAUUAAGACCCUUAAGGACGUUGUGAAUCUCUUCCGCCGCAGCGUUUGUGUUUUUUAAUUCAAGGUUUCUAUGGUACUGCAUGGCCGGAAAUAGACACAACAGUGAGGUUCCCUACCAGAACUAUGACAAACUGAAGCAGACGAUCUUGAUGAAACGAGAGCGCAGGAAACCAGAACUAUUCGUAGAUCCGUCAUUUCCGCCGGAUCUUUCGUCGCUGACGUACGUCUAUAUAGGGGACGACCGAUACGAGAGGACAGAAUUCGCUAGACCCUUAGAGAUAUAUCCAAACGGCACCUUCGCAGGCGUGUGUGGUGUAUGGAAUACACCGUUUCCAUGGAAACAUUUUAAGAAGCGUGGGUGGUUUGAAGCAGCUAUCCGGGUGUUGUCGUUAGCGGUUCGUUAUAUGGAAAAGGUCAUACCUGGUUACAGAAACUGUGAACAGAACUUCGACGAGGAGUAUAUCGGUGCUUUUCGUUUCAACAUUUGGCGAUUUGGACAGUGGGUUGAAACUACGAUCGAUGACCACCUUCCUGUUCUUGAUGGCAAACUUAUGUAUUGUAAUGCACAGGGACAGCCUCCCGAAUUCUGGGGAGCCCUUUUGGAAAAGGCAUAUGCCAAGUUCAACAAAGCGUAUGAAACAAUAGAAUAUGGUGAUGUAUUGGAUGCCUUGACAGAUCUAACCGGCGCCAUUUGUGAGUACUUUACUCCUGACGUCAACCCACCGGAGCAGUUCUUUUAUACCCUCUAUAGUUCAGUUGUUAACCGAUCACUGGUCGUCUGCUGGAGAAACGAGAAAAGGCUGACACGAUCUGGCUUCAACUUUGAAUGGAAAGAAGAUGUAGCUAACGAUGUGGACAGCAAACGCUAUCUUCACCUUGUAACAGCAGUCUCAAAGUUUCCACUAAUUGACGGAAGAGAAGUAGAGGUUGUGAGACUCAGAUGUUUUUUCUCUGGUGAACCAAAGUGGAAUGGCAAGUUCUCUGACAGUGAUGCCUCCUCAUGGAUCACCAUUAACAAGGAAUUUUUAGAGAAAUAUUCCCCACGGAAAAACAAAGAGAACAACGAAUACUGGAUGACAUUGAAUGAUUUUCAAUGUAAUUUUGGAGGAUUAAUAAUUUGUAGUGCAACUGAACCCUAUCGUGCGGAAGGAUUCAGCGUGGAGCGAUCGUAUACGUGUAAGGCUGAAAACGUGUCCGAUCUUGUGUAUAUUUUGCACUCCCAAACGAGACUUUCAGAACGGAAAUCGUCCAGUCUAAAAGCAAAGAACCAUGGGAAAAUGAGGAACUAUGUCAGUGAAAGGGUGCAGAAAACGGAGAAAAGGGUCAACGAAAUAAAAGUGACAGAAACGAAUCUCACCGUGAAAAUGGACAAUUGCCGGCGUCACAGCACCGGUGACGCAACCGUGACAUCAGAAAAUAUCACUCACAUAUCAUACCCAGGAUACAUAUCGUACGACCACACUACACAAGGACAUAUCAAAUGCCAAAUGUUCACUUCCAGAAAACACCAUUCAUAUCCACAAGAAGAGAUAUGCAAUACGAUUAAUACCAGAGUUUCUUUUGAUCUUGAGAGUUCUAACAGUACCUCAGACAUUUCUGUGAUCAUUUCACGUCCACACAGUGCGCCAAUGUCGUCUGCAGAAACAGAUUCUAAGUAUGGUUCUUCUGGCUCAGUGUCGCAACUUACACAGAGCAACUUUCUUGCCACUAGAAAAGAUUUCUUCCGACCAAGAGGUGGAUGGAAACAGAUUAUAGAACAACAUGGAAAAUGGACUAGAAGCACGAGUGGGAUAUGUCCAUCCAGUUUAGACUUGCUGAGUAAGUGCUCUAGAAUCUCCAUAGCGCUGUCAAGAAAAGCUGGGGAGCAUAAACACCAACCUCCUAGUCUACCCAAAAAAAACCUGUUGCUGGUCUCGCUGAUACAGGACUACAGGCAUGGAGUGGAACACUCGAAUAACAUGCCCGUACAGUUUGGAUUUAGCAUGUAUAGGAGCAAAAAUUCCGAACACGGAGAGAAAAAACAUUUGUCCAAACUUCAGUUUGUACUAAAUGUGGAAUCUGAGUACGAGUCUAGGGAAUUGAAAACGAGGCUUAACCUUGACGAUGGUUGCUACGUGGUCGUACCAUACUGCAUAACAUCCGGUCAUGAAGGCGAAUACCUCCUGCGAAUAAUUGGAGAAAAAGACAUGCUGGAAAAUAAGAAUGGAUGUGUGCUUUCCUGAAGACGAGGAUGUGAGAGACCACGGGUUUCCAAUGUUGUUGUAUUGGUUGUUGUUUGUUGCGGUUCUUCUGGUGUGGGUUAUUGUUGCAUCUAUUAGAUUAUUUUAUACACAACAUAAUGUACAAUGUAUGUGCCUUUAACGUCUACUAUUGUAAAUUACUUUUUGCUUUCAAAUGCUAUUUAUCGUCCCAGUUGCUUGCAACAUUAUCAACAUGGUGCUUUAUGAAUUUAGAUUUAUUAUAUUGAAUGGAUUACGCAGUUUUCGAGUUACCCAAUAGUUCUUUCCCUUUGUGGAACUCUUACGCACAGUGAGACACAAAACAUACUAUCGUCCACACGCGGUGGGUACAAAUGCUUAUCGCUGCCUUCAUAUAUUGCUUAAAGGCCGAUUAACAGACAUCAUGCAAUCACCCAAACUGCAGGGACACACAAUAUUAGUAAGUGUAUUUGUAUUUAAUACUAAAAACUCAAACAAAAAUCGAUAACCACCACUUUUCUUUAAUUGAAUUAUCACCCGUGCAGAAGAGGAUAUAAAAAUGAUUUCAUAUUUAAUCUAAUGGCCUAAUUCAAUCAAAUAUUAUUCUUAAUAUGGUCAGUUUAAUGCUGAUAUAAACAAAAUUUACACUUUCAUUACUUUUAUGCGUAUUAACAUAGCUGCUAGUCUAUAGUAUAUGUAUAAAUAUUGUACCCACCCAAGCGGUCAACACAACACUCAACGUACCUCUAUCACAGAAGAGCUGAUAUUUUUCAAAGCACCUGGCUGAAUGUUUAGAAUACGCAACGUAUUCUAAACAUUCAGCCAGGUGCUUUGAAAGAGUGAUAUAUUCGCCCUGAACACAGGUGCAAAAAGCUUAGUUAACUUCACCUACUGGUUCACAUUCAGUCUGCCACUAACUAACCCUGAUACAAUUGGAUCCUAGCGGGCUGAUUCUGUUAGGACAUUUUACACGUGAAUUUGUGUGUAGUAUUUUCUUUACUUAGAUACAAUGUGAUUUUAUGAGGUGCUACAUGUAUGUUGUUAGUUCUGUGAUUUUCAUGAAGAAAUAAAAUCAGGAAAAACUUCUC